GCGGAGCUUGAACUUAUUGGUGAACUUAUGGGCCAGUUCUUGAAACUCGGCCAAUUCUUGCUUGCUUUGGCGCACCCAACUCGAAAACAUACCUAUUUAGAGUACGGAGCUCUUCAAGACGCCACAAUCGCCUGAAAGCCCCAUUCGCGGACACAGAGAGCGCCGUAUACCCACAUAAACAGGGACUGAAAGGAACCCAACCAAUCAUGUCUCACCCAGCCGACCGGCCAAUACCGGGUGAGCCCGCAUACCGGGCCUCUCCGACGCCCCCGCUGCUGCUGCCCAGUUCGCAUGUGGAGUUUGACAAGAUGCCGUCGAGUGAUUCUAUAUCGUACCGCGCUGAUGAGGAGGAUAACGACGACGACGGGGAUAGUGAGAUUGAGGAUAACGAGGAUCACGGCGAGGACGGGAAUACGGAGUUAUCGAACCGAACGACGCAUGGGGAAGACGCUCUCAAUAUCCCAUCCCAAUCGUCGCGAGCUGCAAGCGCAGAGGUGCGCUUCUCACUCGAACAAAGGCUACUCGGCCGACAACAGCAACAGGAACUCGAACAAACAGCAGUCGUCCAACAAGCAGUCAGGAAACUGUCCAAGAUGGCAGCAAGCGGAAGCAUUGGUGACAUGAAAGCCGCCGACAUGGCAGAGCAAACCGAAACCCCAACCGCCGACCCCAUCAUCGCAGUAGAAGGCAAAAACGCCUUUGCCCCCUCCGCCAUGGACGCCCUCCUCGACCGCGAAGAAACCGCCUCCUCGGGUUCCGAAUCUGUCUGGGACGGCCACCCCACCGACUCGGAUGGCGAUCUCUCUCAUGAACCCUCCCGAGUAAGCUCACGGACAGCCAGUGCUGCCUCCGCCCGGCCGGGAUCGUCACGGAGGAAGAAACCCCGUCCGACGCAUACACGGCUGCUUGCACAUGUGGGGAGUCAAAGGGGAAUGCAGCUCACGUCGCGGGAUGGGGAGGAGUCGGAUCACACCGUUGACCCGCGACGGAUCGUACGGCCGCGGAGACCCGGUCCGCCGUCGUCGUCGACGAGCUCGUCUCAGCCUGCGACGGCAUCACAGAGCCCGAAAUCCGUGUCAGUUGCUACACUCCACCCGUCAACCGCCGACGUGCCUGAAAAGGCGGAAUCUACCCAGAACGGCCGCACACCGUUAAGGACGAGCACGAAAGGGAAUGAUGGAAAACGGCCUCCUACCGUCGCCGCGAGGACGAAGAAGUGGUGGAAAGAUGGCGCGAUGAUUUGUUGUCCGGUGUCGCAGCCGGUGCAGCCGAGUUAUUUGGGGAUGGAUGUGAAGAGGUAUCCGGUGUUGGAUUACGUGCGGCCGUUUUUGGUGGAAGAGCGGACGAAGAAGGAACGACAGUUCCAGAUGUCGAUGCUGGCGAGAGCGACCAACCCGUGGUCUGAAGUUAGCGGACGGGAGCUGCUGGCUACGUUCAUGAACGGAUCGUCACAUCAUAAGAAAGCAGAGCCAACACCGAUCCCUACACACCCAUACCUCCGCAUACCCACCCGCACUCCCACCACCAGCAAAACGCAUCCCCAACACACCGCCCGCCCCACAUCCGCCACCACCCCAAGCCGCCCCAGCACAGCUGCCCCCAAUCGCACCAAACCCACCUCCCCCUACGCCUCCACCACCCUCCACCGCCCAAACCAAGCAACCCUAGCCCCCGCCCCGUCCUUAACAAACCACCGUCUCCGUGGCCCACUCCCCAGCACACGCCCACAAUACAAACUUGGCUACGUGCCGACGAUGCGGUUCAGGCCGAAAGUGAAGAAGGCGGAUCCGGGAUUGUGGGAGCGGUUGAGUACGCCGAAAACGGUUGUUGUGAGGAGGGAGGGCGGAGGGAGGAGUGAGCGGAUGGGGUCGAAUGGGAAAACGGUGGUUUCACCAGGUGUUGGGGGCCCAAUGUCAGCCAAAGCAUCCCGAACGCCGUCCAAAUCCUCCCUCGCACCGCCUCCCCUUACGGCCGACGUCAGUCUCGAACCGGGCACCAACCACGCAUCGGGCUCACCAGCAGCAGAAGCAGAAACCCAAGACGCCUUCUCACCCCGCCCGUCCCGCACCUCCUCCUCCGCGCGGCCACCCAAAACCUCUGUCUUAAAAGGCAAAUACUCGCAGGAAAUAGAACAUCGCGAGUCCAAUCUGGCGACUGUGGAGGAUGGGAGCUUUGAUGCUUUGAGGGGGAUGGUUUUGACGGAGGCUGGGUAGAUCGUUCUGGGUUGACGGGAGGAUAUUGUGUAGGGGAAGGGAGAGGAAGAAGAGAAUGGGCAUAAUGGGAGAUAGGCAGCGUAGGAUGGGGAUACGAGGGUAGCAUCUUGUAACAUAGACAUGAUAUCCAUAGAGGAUGAUGCUUGGAGAA